UUUCGACACCCUAACUAGGAAAGCCUCCGAGCGACCUGCUCCUCCUUCCGGACGCCCAAUGACUCCAACGCGCAGACGCGAGCGCGGGAACCUGAAUUAGUUUCGAGGGGCAACUGGACCUCUGUGCUGAUUCUUUCUGCAGAAUGAAAGUAAUUACAUGUGAAAUUGCAUGGCACAACAAAGAACCAGUGUACAGCUUAGAUUUCCAGCAUGGAACUGAUGGUAAAAUCAAUAGACUGGCUUCAGCUGGCGUAGACACAACUGUUCGUAUAUGGAAAGUAGAAAAAGGACCAGAUGGGAAAGCAAUUGUAGAAUUCUUAUCCAAUUUAGCUCGUCAUACCAAAGCAGUGAAUGUUGUACGUUUUGCUCCCAGUGGUGAAAUUCUGGCUUCUGGUGGUGAUGAUGCUGCAAUUUUAUUAUGGAAGUUGAAUGACAACAAGGAGUUAGAAGCAGUUGCAUUUCAAGAUGACGAGGAUGAUAACCAGCUGAACAAAGAAAACUGGACAGUAAUCAAAACUUUAAGAGGUCACCUGGAAGAUGUAUAUGAUAUUUGCUGGACUCCUGAUGGAAAUUAUAUGGCAUCUGCCUCAGUUGACAACACAGCUAUAUUAUGGGAUGUCAAUAAAGGGCAAAAGGUUUCUAUUUUUAAUGAACACAAAAGUUACGUGCAAGGAGUUACAUGGGACCCUGUAGGACAGUACAUUGCGACUCUUAGUUGUGAUAGGAUACUGAGAGUGUAUAACACACAGACCAAGAGAGUGGCAUUCAAUGUUACUAAAAUGUUAUCAGGAGGAGGCUCUGAAGGAGAGGUGAAAAGUUAUAGAAUGUUUCACGAUGACAGCAUGAAGUCCUUUUUCCGGAGAUUGACUUUUACUCCUGAUGGUUCUCUACUUCUGGUUCCUGCAGGCUGUGUGGAAUCAGGUGAAAAUGUAAUGAACACUACUUAUGUCUUCUCCAGAAAAAAUCUGAAAAGACCCAUUGCUCAUCUACCUUGUCCUGGGAAGGCAACAUUAGCUGUUCGUUGCUGCCCUGUCUACUUUGAAUUGAGAUCUGCAUGUAACAAAGAAGAAACUUCCCAAAAGAUUGGUCUAACAAAUCUGCCUUAUCGGUUGGUUUUUGCUGUUGCUUCAGAGGAUUCUGUGCUCUUCUAUGAUACACAGCAAACCUUUCCUUUUGGUUAUGUAUCUAACAUACAUUACCAUACUCUAAGUGACAUUUCAUGGUCUAGUGAUGGAUCAUUUCUUGCUAUUUCUUCUACGGAUGGAUAUUGUUCUUUUGUGACAUUUGAAGAAGGUGAACUUGGAAUCCCAUUGAAAGAGAAGCCAGCCAUUAAUAUCAAAACACCUAGCACGGCGGAAAAGAAAAUUAAAAAGGGUCAGUCUCCGAGUGUUGUCUCUCCAGUUUCAAAACCAGUGGAUGGCAGUCUUAAGUCUGGAGAACCAUCAGCUACAUGCCAGACUCCAACCAAUAGUAAAGACUUGUACUCCAUACCUGUUACGGUUAAAAACAUCUCCAUGUCAUCUUCUGAAGAUAAAAAAUCUGUGCAGCCAUCAGUUCACACAUCAAAAGUAAACCAAUCCAGGAGGGUUACAUUGAAUACUCUACAAGCAUGGAGUAAGUCACCAAGGAGAGUUGCAUUGAUUCCUCUAAAAGCAGCUACUCCAGAUUCUUCCAGAAAUACAACUCAGCAUGAGAGACCAUCACCACCUGAAGACCAAUUACAAAAUCCACCAUCACCUAAGCGACUAAGAAUGGAUGAAACUCCAUAACUGGAUUUCCUGAAAAUGAAAACAAAAUAUAAAUCCAUCGAAAUGCUUUGUUACAGUGGGGACCUUUUUCUACCACACAGUUACCAUACUCUGUGAAAGAGGUUUACUCAGAAUGGCAUUUGCAUAAAACAUGACUUUGUGGUGAGGAAGAAAAUGCAUCAGCGGUUUUUAGACAUUUUAAGCAAAGUAUUGGCUAUAUAAUGGACCAGUAAGGAUUCACAGAUUAUAUGAGAAAGGCAUAAGUGUUGUGUUUUCUUGGCUCUGUAUCUGGUAGAGAAAUCAUUGCUUUUCAAUUGACAUUUACUUAAUUAUUUAGCUAAUUGGCACAGUAUAUUUGUAAACUAAUAUAUUCCUUCUUUCUUUCAAAUCUUUAAGGUGGGCAGUUGGUUACUUAACUGCCCUACAUUAGUUAAAUGAAAGUAUGAGUAAAUCUGAAUGUUUUCCUUACACACCAAGUAAAUGUACCAGAGAUUAGAAGUUGGAUUUAAGUUUGAAAGCCUUCACUACUUAAAUUGUCUACAUUCAGGCUCAUUAAAAAGAAGUCUUCAAAUGUCUAUGUGAUAUAAAUUUGUUUAUGUGUGGGCAAUGGGUACAUUGUUUUAAACAGUUAUACAUUUCUAAUUUUAAAGAUUAUAUUGUAAGAAAACUGUUUCAACUGUUCCCAUAGAAUAUUUAACGUUAACAUUCACACUUUUAUCUGUAUCCUCUGGUGUUUGUUUUAGUCAUUUGCUUUUUAAAAAAUGGUCAUCUCAAAUUGAAUUAAAACAAAGCAAGAUGCUAUGAGGAAUCAUGAGAAAGAAAACAGUCAACUUUUAAUGGAGAUAUAUAAUAUAGUAUUCAAGUAAAUUGUGUUGCUGUCCAAAUUCUUAUUUAAAUAUUAAGAUUAAUUCAUAAGAAAGAACUUGGAUUAUUUUGCACUCAAUUCCAGAAGAGCUGAACUAUAUUGUGACAAAAAAUAUAGCAAAGCAGAGUUGUGCCAUUUAGGAGGCAAGCCUGAAAUUCCAUGCAUACUUGUCUAAAAAUAAAUCACAUGAUGUUUCAGGCC